AGUGCUGACCAGUUCCCUGUGGUGACAGCUUGCUCUGCCCCUGUGGAGGUGGCCAGUCCUUUGGGAAGGUCACCGGGACCCGCACACAAGACGCUCAGCCUGCAGCUGGAGGACUGAAGAGGGAGCCUCUGCUUAGCUGGCAUCACCUCCAUCAUCUUCACCAUGCGGCAGGAAGCGUUCUGGAGUUCCUUGGAGUACACCUGCCGAUUGCUGGGCAUCACCACUGCAGCAGUGCUGAUCGGCGUGGGUGUAGAAACUCUACAGCGAGGGCAAUUCAAAAGCCUGGCUUUCUACCUGCUUUUUUCAGGAAUUGCAGUUACUGUCUGUGAAGGCUUCUUCUUUCUCAGUUUGUUCCUGGAGAUUUGCUUCACAUAUGAGCCCGACUCUUUGGCACAUACCUGCUGGAAGCAAGCCAGACGCCCAGGGAGUUUCCAGAAAUUCCUGGGGUACACUCUGCUCUCAGUGGCUUGCUUCUUGCAUCCUGUCAUCGUCUGGCAUGUCACCAUACCUGGGUCCAUGCUGGUGCUCACUGCCUUGGCCUACUUCCUGCUUAGCAAGAGGAGAAAGACCUCAGGGCACAAAGAGGCACAUCCUGAGGCAGGCCAAUACGUGGACCCUUCAGCCACCAUGGCAGCCCCAACCAUCGCUGGUGACACUGAGCAGACCUACACCUUCCACGAGGCCCAGAGGGAGCAGCACUGCUCCCUGCUGGGCCACAUGAAGAGCAUACUGAAGGGCGGCAAGGACAGGAGCCUGACCCCUGCAGCUUCACUCCAACCAGAGGUCCCACCAGCCCCACGCAAGCAAGUGCACUUCCAGGAGAAGGUGGUGCAAAUCAUUCCUUCUGUCAGCGAAAGCCUGGAUGAUGCGGAGAGCGAGACUGAAGAGACCACAUCAGACACAGCACCCAUCCUCACCCCUCCUGAUACCCCUGUUGUCCUCACUCCCCUCAGCCCCACAGGACUGUUUUGAGGACUCACCAGCAACAAGGACAAGGCAGGCACACCUGUACUGGUGUUCCUCCCCGAGAUUUGGGCAGCUGAUGGACUUUGUGCCAUGGGCAGUGCUGCCACAAUGACUAGAGUAUGACAGCCUCCUCUGCACAUCCUAUGGCCCUGGUAAGUCAGAAGGAAAUUCCCCAGGCCAACCCCACAGCUACCAAGAAGGAUGAGGGGUAGAGUGUGCAUCACCUAUGCCCCAAUGUGGAGGGGUGGCCAGUUCACCCAUUCUGCAAGGGUUGCCUGUACAAAGCAGACCUGCACCUGGUGACAGAGUCUGUGGUGGUCUGAAGCCCUAUAACACCAUGCCCAGGGGACAGGCCAUGGAUUGACCAGCCUAUUGGCAAGACAGUUUCUCCUCCUGGGGAAUCUCUCUCUAUGGCUUCAUGCAUCAUCUAUUACAGAAUGACAUGCCGCAGCAGCAGCUCCUGCCUAACAUCAUGGUAUUUGUUUCCCAUAAGGCAGCAAGAGGCAGGAAGAGGGCUACCAACAUCCUCUGAGCAGCCUCUGCUGGGAACAAUUGUCUUCUGACUGUCCUUGUUCUGCCUGGAAGAGCUCAUGGAAGCUUGGAGUUACCAAGCACUCUUCUGGAGCUAGCACUUGCUAAAUGCUCUCCUUUGUGACAUGCUCUGGACCCAGCAGUCACCUCCCUGUGGAAGCAGGGAGGACUCUAGGGAGCCCUCUGGAUUUAGAAGAGCUUUGGGAUGCUGUAGCACCUGAAGUUCCAAGGUUCAGCAUUGCACUGUGUUAAAUAUGGGCCCCAGAGGGCAAAGGCAAUAAUAAAGUUACAGUGCUGCCUCACUGGUCCCCUCCAAUCCAGGAACUCUUCACUUUUGCCUUAAUCCUACUGUAUCCUCUCCCUUUGAGGACUAUUUACCUAUAAUAAGGCAUUUCUUUCGUGCUCAAUCCCCCAGGCAGGAUCUGAAACCUGUCAGGGGUUCUCCCAGAGCAGUACAGGGCAGAUAGCCCAAGACUCUUUUCUUUGCUCCUGGAUCCAUUAGCAAAGGGACCUAUUACUCAGUCUGUGCCUGCAGAUGCCAUCAGCAAGACUCUUAUCAGCAUCAGUCAACUCUUAUGGCUGCACGUGGGAAGGAGUAGGGCAGUAGGGUUUGCCCGGACACUGGACAUGAGUGUUGGAGUGGGGGACGGUGAAGGACAGGAAAUCCUUGAGACCUGCUUAGGCUGAUGAUAACACAGAAGCCAGUGGGGAUGGAUGUUUUUUUGGUUUUUUGUUUUUUGUCUUGUUUUUGGGGGGCUGGGGGUGGGAAUACGCUGCUUCAUUUUAAACGUUCAUCUCUCUGAGUCACAAUCACCACAAUUGCCAUUUAGGAAAGUGAUGUAUUUUGAAGGGAAGUGGGAAAAUAUGAAAUGCAAAUGCUCAAAACUCAAAAGGCAAGUGAUAAGAACUCAAUGCAACUUUUUAAUAAAUUCUGAUUAAGUUG